CGUAAUUCCGUAAAUCAGAUUGUUUCCUUCAACCCUCUCUAAUGGCAAAUUCAUCAACCUUCUUCCCCAUUUUAAUGCUGUUGUUUUCCUGUAACGUGUAUACUAAUGCAUGUUAUCCGUCAAUUAUAAGCUUCGGGGACUCCCUUGCUGACACCGGAAACCUGAAAGAAAUGGCCUCUAAAUCCAACGUUCAGCCACCCCAUUUCUUGUUUCCACCUUAUGGCGAAACGUUUUUCAGUAAACCCACUGGACGUUGUUCUAAUGGACGUUUGAUCAUCGACUUUGUUGCUGAGAGUCUUGGGUUGCCGUUGAUACCACCGUCUCUGGGAAGCGAGACGAACGUCCACGUGACGGAGUUGGGAGAAGGAGUGAAUUAUGCGGUGGCAGGUGCGACGGCGUUGGAUUCAUCGUUUCAUGAAGCAAGAGGGGUUGGUAUUCCGACGAAUGCAUCUUUGGGAGUUCAGUUGGGAUGGUUCAAAGAUUCGUUAUCUUCUAUUUGCUCUGCCGUUUCAGGUAACUAA